AUCUGUGUAUGAUAAUCAUGGACAGCAUAAAUAUACAACGCUAGCACUGCAAGCUGUCUGUGAUAAUAGAAGUUAUUUUGUGGACGUCCAUAUCGACGUACCCGUAAUCCAGAGCGUUCUACUAAAAAGCGAACUCUUUGAACGACUUAUUGACAAACAGAAGCCGCUUGUGCCACCGGAUAAACAUAUAGUCGGUUAAGCUGUGUAUCCGCUGCUCCUUAAUCUCAUAACUCCAUACAGCGGCGAUCUGACACCCUGCCAUAAACUCUAUAAUCAAUCAAUACUUCUGUGGAGCGCUCCCGCAGAUCGAGAUUAUGUAUCACUCAUCUCACGUUUUCGGCGAUUGCAAGCAUUUGACGUGACAACACUAGAUCAAUCCACUAUUAUUGUCCUAGUCAGUUGUAUUCUGCAUAAUUUCCUCCUGAGAGUAUAGAUUCCAUAUCAGAUUGCAAUAUUCGGCUAGAGAGAGAAAGUGAGAUGAAGUUCGAGGAGCAUGGAUUUGUGGAUAGAGAGCACUUGUCGGCAGCAGAAAAAAAACGGAACGAGUUGAUAGCUAGGUUUAUAUUUCAAUAAAAUGCAAAUUUAAAGAUUAACGUGCUGUAAUUCGACUGGAGUCAAAAUAAUUAUCGAGCACAUCAUUAUCGAUAUCGCACACAUCCUGCUAUAUCUCUACUGCUCAUGUGCUAUCUCAUUCAGACUUGUCAAAUUCAAAUAGAGUUAAGAGUCAAUCGUGCGCAAUUAGAAAAAUAAAAUGUAUUUAAUUUCAACGUCUAAGAAAACAGUGCUUUCGGAUUUUGCGGACUUGGAGACAAAAUCAAUAUUCGAGCAUACUAAUGGCGAGUCCACGGACUUUCAAUUCAACGCGCAGCGGCGCGUCUUCGUCGAGGUCGACAGAAAAGCGGGCUUGUCGGUGAUGCGCAUCAAAGAGAAGCAUCAAAACACUCCGGAGAUACAACGCGUGCGCAAAUUGACCAUAGAGAACGUAUAUUCAGUUUGCUGCGCCAAAACAGCGUCAAAUCAGAUUGCAAUUGGUCAAUCGAGCGGCUUUGUGAAGCAAUUUGAUUUUCGUACUGCAGAGCUAAUACACCGAUAUCCGGCAGAUCCAUCUCGUGGUUCGGUGCUCUUCGUGGACUACAAUUGCACAGAUGAAUACAUUGCGGCAGUUAUGGAAAGUGGCAAGAUUAAUAUAUUUGGCACCAAAACUAAGCAGAAGAUGGAAACGCUUAGUAUUGAUGAGCAAUCAUUCCUGGCCCGUUUUCAUCCUAGCAAACGGUUUCAAUUGGCUAUUGCCAGCUUUAAAGGUGCGGUGACCGUUCACGAUGUUCAGUUGAAGCGCAGUAUUUUUCAUAUAGAGAAUGCACAUGAGUCACCGUGUCGAGAUGUGGGCAUGUGCAGCUCUCAACCUUCCUUGCUGGUCAGCGUUGGAUACGAUUGCAAAAUCAACAUAUUCGAUAUACGUCGGAAUAAGGCGCAAUCUUCAACGGGUCGCCUGAGCUACUCGCACCCCUUAUCCACAGUUGCUUUGAGCGAAUGUGGCACUUACUUCUGUGCGGGCAAUCUGAAGGGAGAACUGAUUUCCUAUGAUAUGCGCAGCACCAAGGCCCCAUUGGCUCUGCGGUCCGUGCAUGAUGGCUGCGCCGUCAUGCGCGUUGCUUUUGUCCCAAUACCCGCGGAGGAGCAACAGAGCAGCAGCUUUAGCAGCUCCAAUAAUGUUACUAUGGAGAGUGGCGCUACCGUCGGUGGAGAAAAGGCAACACAUGUGGAGCAGACACCCAGCGAUGAGCUACGCAAAUCAAUUGCAUAUAACUUGCUCAGUAGCCAACAACAGUUAAGUGGCAUGGGGACCCUUGCCUAUAGCACUGGACGCUCCCAGCGCGAUUCUUUUUGUGAUUUUUUGGAUGCACACAAGCCACGCGCUGUAGAUCGGAUGUCUACCCGUCUAUCGACUACAGCACGGCGCGAUAGUUUUGACUGGGAUGCGUUGCACUUUAAGGCACAGUGUGAUGAGCAGCAGUCCAAGAGCAUAGCUGCCACAGGCUCUGGGCUUAGUUCGCUGGACAGCUCAACGGGAGAGUCGCUGCUGCAAACGAUUAGUGGUCCUUUGCGGGAUCGCAGUAACAUAUCAGGAGAAGCAAAGCUGAAACAAAUAGCUGAAACGGAUGAACACAGUGAGCUGCACGAAAAGGCGUCCAACUGCUCGGAAAACAGCGAUAAGGAGAAUGCACCUAUGCUGGAGCAUUUGGAGCAGAAGCAGCGUCUACGCAUGCUCUCUGCCAGUCGCAACAGCACGCCGCAUCAUGCAACUGCCGGUGUUUCCAAGGCGACCAACUUGCAGCUACAACCACAACAGCUGCUGGUCAAGAGCUCCAGUAAUGUGUCUUCCACAGCAGGACCAUCACAGUAUGAUUUUCAAGCUGUGCUCACUGAUAUGCGAGAGCUUAUCGAUGAACGCUUUGAUAACUUUGAGCGGGAGCUUAAAUGGUCGUUUGAGAAAAACAAGUUUAACAUUUUCAACCAGCUGUCUGCCCAUUGUAAUCAACAAUUCGACGCCACCCAGGAGAUACGCGAUGGAAUGGCGCUGCUGCUACGCCGUGAUCCUUUUAUGAAGGAAUAUUUGCGUGUACAGAAGGAAAAUGAAGUAUUGCGUGCCCAGCUACAGCAUGCACUAAAAGUGCGCGAUAGUAAUGAUACCAACGAUGCCUAAAGCUAUUUCAUUUAUUAAUGUAUAUUUUAUUGAGAAGUUUUACAAUUUUUAUAUGUUUUGUGUGCCCUCGAUAGUCAUA